AUGGACAAGAUCUUCAACACUACCUGCAACACUACUAUGCCGUCCACUCUCCAGAACCAGCAGGAGGAGGCAGCGAUACCACCACCUGCUGCUGCUAGGAACGUGAAGAAGGCCAAGCAGCAGCAGGCGGGCGGGGAGCGCAUGCCACGGCCACAGCAGGAGCAGGCGCUCAACUGCCCGCGCUGCCACUCCACCAACACCAAGUUCUGCUACUACAACAACUACAGCGUGACGCAGCCACGCUACCUGUGCAAGGCCUGCCGCCGCUACUGGACCAAGGGCGGCACCCUCCGCAACGUCCCCGUCGGCGGCCGCUGCCGGAAGAACAAGCAGCAGAACCCGUCGGCGCCAUCGGCAUUGGCGUCCUCCAGCGACUCCAAGAAGAUCAUGAACAGCAGCACGCAGCAACUGCUGAUGAUGAUGCCGCCGCCGCCGCCGCCUACUGCUGCCAACUUGUCCAACGUGCUCCCGACGACGUUCAUGUCGGCCACAGGCGUCGGCGGCGGCUUCGAGCUCCCCAGCAGCGACCACCACCCCCUGCCCUUCGCGCCCUUGUCGCUGCCGUCCAAUCCCGGCACGACGCCGCCGGCGUCGUCGUUCCUGGACCUCCUGCCAUUCCUGCCGACGCCGUCGUCGUUUGGUGCGAUGAUGCUGCAGCAUGGACCUGGGAUGAUUGCUGGUGCUGGUGGUGGGCUCCAGCAGCAGUGGCUGCCGUCGUCACAGCAUGGGAACGACGACGGUGGUUUAUUUGCUGCUGGUGGAUCGCCGGCAGCAGCCGCAGUGCAGGAGCCGCAGCAGCAGCAGGAGGAGGAGGUUGGUGGUGGUGAUGGUGGCACUGCUGCUGAUGCUGCGGGUAACGACGACAUGGGCGGCGGCGGCGCAUCUGCAGACAUCAUCAACAUCUACUGGAGCAGCUCUCGCAUUUGA